GUUGUGAGGCGAGGGGCGGCGGCCUGGGGCGGUGGGGAGCUCCGUGGGCUGGUGGGGCUCCCUUGCGGGCGGGAAAGGCUUCCAGCACCAGUCUGCCCUCGCUCUCCCACUCGGGCCCUUCGCGCAGUUGACCUGAUACUGUAAUUGCCCGAGUGGAACGAGGCGGCGGCUGGAAGCAAACAGUGGUGAGAACAUGGCGGUUGCUUGAGGCUGUCCCUGUCAGCCCUCACCACUGCAGCACGCGGAUUUGAUUCUUGUGUUACAAAACAGUGAUGAUCAGUCUGUGAAACGAGUGGGAAUUAUGAUUGCAGCUGUUCAAGCAGUCCUGUAACCUUCGGGUUGCUCUUAAUUAGCUUAGGAAAAGUUAUUUUGCCAUACUGGUUAUUCUCUGUUGUGGUUCAAUCUGCAACUCAUAGCGUUAAAGGCAAGUUAAAUCAAUAAUGCCAAUGCUGUAACUUUCAAGAAACUCACCAGACUCGUAUCUUUUUCAACUUUUCCACAUGAUUAUAUCUAGACACCUAAAAAUCUUCUAGUAAAGACGGAGACUGCUGUGUAGCAGAAGUAAUUCUAUUUACAACAGAAGUGUUGUCGUGGUUUUGAUGGACUUCUUAGAGGUAAUUCACAGGCAUCGCUUCCUGUUAGCCCUGUGGUCUGCCUACCACAAACUUGAAACCACUACAUUCAGGAACCGUUACGGCAGAAAUAACUUAAAAUACAUGCAUGUAUAAUUAAGAAAAGGUUAAUAAUUUUUCAUGUAGUUAGCUCUUUUGUUGUUGCUGGUUUGUUUUUUUUUAUCAAAUAGAUUAUAGGGGGAAAAAUCUUUACACAAGACAGUAAACGUUCAGGAGGAAAAUACAUGUUGAAACGAUUAAGUAGUUAUGGCAAAGGAUAAGAAGAAAGAUGGCAAGAAGGCAGAAAGAUCUGUACGUCCUCCUAUUCCUGUACAAGAUGUUACAGCUGAGAGUAGUUCAACAAAGCUGACAGAUUUGGAGACCUCAGUGAAUGGAGUGGAAGAAACACAGGCAAAUCCACCAGUGAUAGCGGAUAAAGAACCAGAGGAGGUAGAGGAACCUCCAGCCCAAGAUGUUCCUCAGUACUACGAGGUGCCUGUUCUUACUCAAGUUAUUGUGAAAAGCUAUGAAGGUGAAAAAGUCCAUGGAUUGUAUGAGGGUGAAGGAUUUGCAUCUUUUGAGGGGGGAAAUACAUAUAAGGGCAUGUUUUCUGGAGGGCUUAUGCACGGACAAGGGACUUACACGUGGGCUGAUGGAGUGAAGUAUGAGGGAACAUUUGUUAAGAAUGUGCUGAUGUUUAGUGGCCGUUAUACGUGGAAUGAUGGCAGCAUUUAUGAAGGAUCAAUCAAGAAUGGAGUUAGGCAUGGAUUUGGAUUUUUCAGGAGUGGUACUUGUCCUGUUUCUUACAUUGGCUAUUGGUGUAAAGGCAAAAGACACGGUAAGGGUACUGUUUAUUAUGAUCAGGAACGUACCUCUUGGUAUUCAGGUGACUGGGUAAAUAACAUCAAAGAAGGAUGGGGGAUGAGAUGCUACAAGUCUGGAAAUAUCUAUGAAGGUCAGUGGGAGAAAAAUGUACGUCAUGGAAAAGGAAGAAUGAGAUGGUUUACAGCUAAUCAAGAGUAUAUGGGACAGUGGGUGUAUGGCAUACAGCAUGGAUAUGGCACCCACAUAUGGUUUUUGAAGAGAAUGCCUGUGUCUCAGUAUCCUUUAAGGAAUGAAUACAUAGGUGAUUUUGUAAAUGGGGAACGACACGGACAUGGGAAGUUCAUAUUUGCCAGUGGAGCAGUGUACGAUGGUGAAUGGGUUUGUAAUAAGAAGCACGGCAAGGGCAAGUUUGUUUUCAAGAAUGGUCGUGUUUAUGAAGGAGAGUUUAUAGAUGAUCAUAUAGUAGAAUAUCCUGCUUUUCAAGUAGAUGCAAUGAAUGCGGAAGAGCUAAAUGCCAUUUGCACAGGAAGUCAUCUUGGCACUGUAGAAAACAUCACAAUUAUUAAUUGCUCAGAAAAUACUUCUGUUCUGGGAUCAGAUAUUGAGUUGGAUAUAUCUUCACUGCUUGACUUGUUGCCAAGGGAAGAGAGACAUGAAGAAGUGAAACAAGUAGAAUUUGCUGUGUUGAGGCAUAUUACAGAACUGAGAAGAGUUUACACCUUCUACAGCAGCUUAGGCUGCGAUCAUUCUCUUGACAACACCUUCCUCAUGACUAAGUUCCAAUUCUGGAGACUUCUGAAGGACUGCCAUUUUCAUCACUCCAACAUAACUCUUGCUGAAAUGGAUCGGAUAUUGAGCGGUGAUAAAACACCUCUUGAGGAGAUACAUUGUCCACAUGAGACUUUACUGUUCAGAACAUUUUUAUCUUACCUUAUUCGUCUAGCAUUUCAUAUCUAUCAUGAACAGCACAAGGAGAAAGGUCCUUAUCUGCGUAAGUGUUUCUUAGAAGUGAUGUCCAGGAAUGUUAUUCCCGCUGCCUGUCGUAUCCAAGGUAUCUUAUUUUCUGAAGAACGACGUACCAUUUUUGCCAUGAGCUACAUCAACAAAUGCUGGGAAAUAUAUAGAGCUUUUUGUAGACCAAGUACCAGACCUCCAUUUGAACUCACAAUGAAAAUGAGGAACUUCCUUUGGAUGUUGAAUGAUUUUAAGCUUCUCAGCAAACAAUUAACUGCUUCAAGACUUGUGGAAAUACUUGUCAAAGGUGGUCCCUCUCUACAUGACAGCAGCAGUGCCAACCUGGAGCAGGAGCUGGUUUUUCUUGAAUUUGUUGAAGCUCUUCUUGAUUGUGCAUCAGUGUACGUUACCAGUGAUAUGAUUAAGGAGCACAUAGAUCGUGAUAAUCAGACAAGAAGUAGCUUUAGAAUCAAGGGUGUCUCCGAGGGAAUCACAAAUGUGUCUCUGUAUCCAGAAUAUUCUCUGUCCCAGUGCAAUUACAGCAGAAGUCUAAUUGGUCCACACACAAACGAUGACAUUUCUGAGGCAACUGAUCUUUACAUUUGUUCGCGGUCAUCUUCAAGCAAAAAUGUCGUAUCACAAGAUGAAAUGAAACAUGAGUCACUGAGACCUUGUGAAGACAGAGAGCAUCUUCCUCAAGAAUUUCUACUGGAUACUGCUCUCUCAUUUCACACAACUCAUGGAGAUAUCAAAGAUGUUCCAUCAUUGUUCAGCUGGGAUGCAGAAGAAGAAGAAGAUUUCUGUCCAGCAAAGGAUUUGACAGAUGAACCAAAAGAAGCCAAAACUGAACAAGAGGAGGAAUUUAGUUUGUGGAUGUGUCAGCUGCAAAUCUUUUUUACAACUAAGUUCUUUCCUGCCUACCAGCAUGAAAAAGUGCUGAGGGAAAAAAUACAAGAAAAUAGAAUACGAGAUGCUGAAUUAGCUGAGCUGAGAAAGAUCAAAGAUGAGGAGCUGGCAAAACUUAUUGCUGAAAGAGAAGAGGCAAAAAGGCAAGAAGCAGCUGCAGCAGAAAAAACAUCUGACUCCAAGAGUGCAGAUUUUAAGGAGUUAGAGGAGCUGGUCACACAGUUAGUACCCCCUCUGAAGGAAGACACCCCCAUUGUAGCACCCCCAGUUGUUACCAAGGUGCCUGCUGGCAAAAAGAGAAAGAAGAAAUAAAUCUUCUGAUGAGAAAUACUGAAGCUUCAAGUAAGUAUGUACUCUUUGAAUAAGAAACCAAACCAACAGCAAAGAACCACACAUGCAGUAAGGUCUAAAAUACAAGUAUGAUAAAACUGUUUCAGAGGGAAACUGUCUGCUCUUACACCAAAGAUCUUGGGAGAGAGAAUACAGUCAUUUACACCUGUAACCCUUUAAACAACAUUAUUCCAGAAGUCAAUAUUUGACUUCCUCCUAAAAAUUUCCUCAGUGUUAAGUUGAUACAAGAACUGGUAUCUUGUCACGAUCAUAUUAUGUUCCAAUGAAAUGGUUUCUGCUUAAAACAUGGUUUGACUGUAAUACUGCAUAUGAACAAGUAUGUAGGAAUUUGACAAAAAAUGUAAAUUGGUCUGAAGCAGGAGCUGCAAGGAACAAGUCAACCUAGAGAGUUCAUUGGUCUUUUGUUGCCAGU